GCUCCGCUCCGCGUCCCCCAGCACCAGCAACCGCCCCCUUCGUCAAACCCGCCGCGAGACUCGACGAGGAGCGAAAGUGGGGGCGGUCGCCUUCAAAUCCCGUCGUCUUCACUCCAACUCCCCCCUCCCACUCCUCCUCCACCACCACCACCGCUGCCUAACCGGGCCAGAGCUGUCCCGGUCUCGGAGCCGGCGGGGGAGAUUUUUUCUGCCGGAGCCGGAGCCGGAGGAGGUUCCUGUUCCGCGGCGGCGGUUUUACGGGAUUGCUGACCGUGUUUUAGCUAUAGGCGCUGAUCCGAUCCGAUCCGGCUGUGGUUCCGAUGGGGCAGGGCGUCGUCGAGAUCCAACCCCGCGAGCUCCAGUUCACCUUUGAGCUCAAGAAGCAAAGUUCAUGUUCUGUCCAUCUAGUCAACAAAUCCAAUGAAUAUGUUGCUUUCAAGGUUAAAACAACUUCUCCUAAAAGAUACUGUGUCCGACCAAAUAUUGGAGUUAUCCUUCCGAGGGCAACAUGUGAUUUCACAGUUACAAUGCAAGCACAGCGUUCUGCUCCACCAGACAUGCAAUUAAAAGACAAGUUUUUGGUUCAGACCACAGUUGUUCCUCCUGGUACAUCCGAUGCGGACCUCAGUCCUGCUUUUUUCUCCAAAGAAACCAACGCAUAUAUUGAGGAAAGUAAAUUAAGAGUUGUCCUUGUUGAUGUAUCCCAUCCUCCUGUGGAGCAACUGGAAAAUGGUGUCCCCAAUACUGAUGCAGUCGCUGAGGUUCCUGUGUUAAAAGAUACACUAAAUCUUGAGAAUGAUGUGCCAGCUAAAGAGAAAGUGGGUCCUCUUCCUCAGGAACAAAUUUCAGCUGUUGUGACUGACAUACCUUCCCCUGUCAGGGAGACUCUAAUCCCUCAAGAAAUUCCUGUGCUACUGCAUGAAGAACCUGCUAUUUUGGCAGAAUCUCCUCCCCCUCUAAAAGAUGAAUCUUCCCCACCUCUAAAAGAUGAAUCUUCUUCACCUCUAAAAGAUACUCCUGCGAGCACCAUUGAGCAAACUACACCUCUGAAGGAAGACAGUAUAAUUGUAAAGAAGUCUUCUCUAGAAGAAACUCUUCCAAUAGAAGCCAUUACCUUAAUUGACCGGGGACUUCUUGGUUCACAGAAUCAUCAAUUAUCUCAUGUAACAGAAGAUGUUCAGAAUCUGAAGUCUAAGCUCAGUAACCUUGAAUCAAAAUUGGAGGGGGCUGAAAGGAUGAUAAUAAAGCUGAGAGAAGAGAGCAGGACCACCACCCAGGAGAGGGAUAAAUUACAACAAGAGAUGGUUUUCUUACAGAAGGGAACCCCGAAGAGUAAAGUAGGUUUCCCAUUGCUGUUUGUGGUUUAUGUGGCGCUUUUGGGUACGUCGCUCGGCUACCUCUUGCGCCUAUGAGUUGGCAUACAUUCGGAAUCCAGUCUGGGUGCUUCAGUAUUGGGCAGAGUUGAAGGGCAGUUACACACAAAAAUCUUGGAAGAGCAUAAUUGCUUAGCACUAUCAUCGUUAUUAAUUAGUUCAGACGGUUUUGAACAUAAUGAGGUUACUACCAAUUGCCUGCCUGUAUAGAGCAGCUUUUACAUUGUAUAGGACCGUCCAAAGUGUUUACUGCCCCUGUAGAUUAUAAUUAACCUUGGGUCUCUUCCUCCUGGGAAGUUUUUAUAGUGUGUUUUGGGUUCGGUCCUUAGAACAUUCGAUGGAGUUUUCUGUCU